AUGAAACAGAACAAAGAUUUUGAGACAGAGGUAAAUGUGCUGCAGGUGAAGAGAAGCAAAUUAUCCAAGGGCUUUGCGACAAACUGCAAGGUAUGCAAUUUCACAUGUCAAACCUGCUGCUUCCUCCCAAAUGAGGAUGACAUCAAAAGUUGUGCCGUGAUGGAUGAUGAUGGCAACUGCACCGUAUGUCCAGGAAAAUGCUCUUCCAGUGACCACGACAGGGAGAAAGUCUUGUUGACAUAUGAAAUAAAGACUGAGAAAAAGACUAUUCAAGAACUGAAGGACAACUUCAUGAAGGCGUGGGGCAAGUAUAUGUCAACCAAGGAGAUGCUGGAUAAGCUUGAGGUUGAGUUUCAUAUGAUCGAGGACGCGCUGAUGAAUUUGAUCAAGCAGUCUUUUGACUGUUUCAAGAGACUUAAUGAAGUUGCACUGAAUCCAAGCUCUCUCUCCGCUAUGGAAUACAUUGAGAUACUCAUUCACAUAGAGGAGAACGAACGCAAGCCAGGCUUCGAGGAUUGGAUGGUAUGGUUGAAGAAAAUGAAGGCAGAGUCUGAGAUUCUGGACAAGAUUGCGAAAGGAGUAGAUUUACUCCCAAAUGAGCGAAAAUUCAUGAAAGAUAAAGAGGAUAGACGGCAGGGGGUUCCAACAUAA